UAUAUACUCAUUACAGACAAACAAUGAAUUUUCUUUCUUUAUUUGCAUAGAAAGAGAAUGAAUUUCCGUGAUUUUAUUUGCAUAGAAAGAGCUUUGCUCAGCGAUGAGCCCGAUCCUCUACAUUGUCGAGAGCUUCGUUAUACACAAAGCAAUAAUUGUCUUCACCCAUUUUGAAUUCAAUGCUAAAUGCAGCUGGGCUCUCUCCAUAUACCCAAUUCAGAAUCACAAACAUUGGGAAGAACAGGUGCUGUAAUCAUGGUGAUGGAGAGGUCUGAUGUUUCUUUGUCUCUAAACACUGGAAUGGGUAUACAGGGAAGCAAAAGUGUCCAUAAUGCUCGCUUCACUCUAAAUGAUCUCUUCAAGAAAGAUCCUUUACAUAUGAAAGAAAAUCCGAUGCCUUGUCCCAAAGUUGAUUUCAUUCUGCAAAAAAUCAACAACUGCAAGGUCAUUUAUGAUCACUCUGUGAUGGCCAAGAAUGUUGUAGAAGCCAGGGAAUUCAAGCGCAAGACCCUGUUGGAUAUACUGGAGUGCAUCAAGCAAGGAAAAACAGAGCUUUCAGAUGAAGUCCUAAAAGAGCUCUUUGAAAUGUUUCAAGUCAAUAUCUUCAGAGGCUUGGCACCCUUUAAUGGGGAUCAGAUUAAGAAGGGGGUUCCAAUAGUUGCAAUGGAAUAUGAUGAAGAUAAGACAAAUUAUGAGCCAUCAUGGCCUCAUCUACAGAUUAUCUAUGAAAUACUGUUAAGGCUUCUGUUGCAUACAGAGCCUAAGAGUUUGUCAAAGGAAUCCUUUUUGGACAAGACCUUUGUGAUGAGGCUUCUUGACCAUUUUGAUUCAGAGGAUCCAAGGGAAAGAGAAAUUUUGAAAACAAUCUUUCAUAGAAUCUAUGGGAAGUUCACCUUCUUGAGAUCUUUCAUGAGGAAGGCAGUGAACAAUGUGUUUUUUCAGUUUAUUUUUGAGACUGAGAGACACAAUGGGAUUGGAGAACUGUUGGAGAUUAUGGGGAGCAUUAUCAAUGGCUUUGUAGUGCCUCUCAAAGAGGAGCAUAAAUUGUUUCUAACCAGGGUGUUGAUUCCAUUGCAUAAGCCCAAGAAUAUGGGUAAUUAUCAUACUCAGCUGCAGUACUGUGUGUCUCAGUUUGUGCAGAAGGACAGCAAACUGGCAGAUGUGGUGAUCAAAGGGUUGAUCAAGUUUUGGCCUGUGACAAACUGCCAGAAAGAGUCUUUGCUGCUUGGAGAGUUGGAAGAGGUGUUGGAGUAUACACAAGAAGCAGGGUUUAGUAAGUGUUCUGUUCCUCUGGCUAGGCUUCUUGCAAGGUCUCUCACUAGCUUCCACUCACAGGUAGCAGAGAGAGCAUUGUAUAUGUGGAACAAUGAGCGCUUUGUGAAUUUGGUAUCAGCAAACAUGGCAGAUAUGUUACCAAUGGUGAUAGCUGCAAUAGAGAAGAACGUCAAUGAUCACUGGAACCUGUCUAUUCAAGACCAAACUCUGUGUGUUAAAAAGAUGCUAGAAAGCAUGGAUCCAGAACUGUUUAAGAAAUGUCUUCAUAAAUUUAAAGAGGAAGAAUCCAACUCCAGUCAUUUGAGAAAGAACAGGGAACAUGAUUGGAAAAGACUAGAGAUCAUGGCUACUUCAAAGCCUUCAUCAGAGGCACUAAAUGGUUUUGGAAGUCCUCUCAUGUCUAUUGAAGUGAUGUAGGAUUUUGAAUUAUUAUUCCUUUACUGCCAUUGCAGGUGGUGGUUUUAAUGAUCACAGGAGAUGACUUUACAUGACCAUUACCUUUGUAAUGAUCAUCCGCAUGGUGAAAUUAUGAUGGGUAGAAUUUUUAUAUUGGUUUGUGCUACAGAAAGUCAAAUGGAAUUGACAGUAACAUCAUAUGUGGUACACUCAUUUACAAGACUGGAUCAACUUAUCAUACAAUCUUUUGUAUGAUUGCUUUCAUAUGGGUUAUGCAUGUUGUUUAAGGAAAGAAAAAUGAGUGCUUGGGACACAUGCUUAUGCACAAUAUAAUUUCUCUAAUUUUAGGGUUUAUAGUUUUCUUUAUUGUUUUAUCUGUUUGUAAUGGAAAUAAAAAUUCUAUAAAUAAUUGAUUUAUUUG